UUUAGCAUUCCUUGAAGUUCGAUCCCGUUACAUGAAGACUAGGCUUUGAUAGCAAAAGAAAAAGGAAACAGAGGAAGAGAAAAGUCCAAAACAUGCCUUUGUCCUUCUACCUUGGCAACACCCGCCGCGGCGGAGGAUGGGCUCAGUCAUUGCUCCCUUCGUCAUCACCCACCGUCAAAUCAACCCCCAAAGUUCACGCCUCUCGGAAGUCACGAAAACGGACGGCUCUGAUCAACUUCUUGCUCACCAACUUCUUCACCAUAGCUCUUUGCCUUUCCUUCAUAUUCUUCUUCUUAACUCUCCUUUUCUUUGGAAUCCCAGGACCCAUUUCAUCCCAUUUCAAGCCCCCAUCCGUUCCCCGAAGGAUCACGACCCGGAAACCAGUGACCCCGAAACAACCCAGGUUGAACUCGACCCUAACCGGUGCCGCCGUCGAUAUAACGACUAAAGAUUUGUAUGAUAAAAUUGAGUUCUUGGAUAAACCUGGAGGGGCUUGGACACAAGGGUGGAAAGUUAGCUAUAAAGGAAAUGAAUGGGAUACUGAAAAAUUGAAGAUCUUUGUGGUACCUCAUUCUCAUAAUGAUCCGGGGUGGAAAUUCACUGUGGAGGAGUAUUAUGAGAGGCAGACAAAGCAUAUACUUGAUACCAUUGUACACACUUUAUCAAAGGAUCCUCGGCGAAAGUUCAUAUGGGAAGAGAUGUCCUAUUUGGAAAGAUGGUGGAGAGAUGCCUCGGAGGAUAAAAGGGAGUCUUUCACAAAUUUGAUGAAGAAUGGUCAGUUAGAAAUAGUAGUAGGUGGCUGGGUUAUGAAUGAUGAGGCAAAUUCACAUUAUUUUGCUAUAAUCGAGCAGAUAACUGAGGGAAAUAUGUGGUUGAAUGACACCAUUGGGUUUGUCCCGAAAAAUUCCUGGGCAAUAGAUCCAUUUGGUUACUCACCUACCAUGGCUUAUCUCCUCCGCCGUAUGGGGUUUGAGAAUAUGCUUAUUCAAAGGACACAUUAUGAGUUGAAGAAGGAACUUGCUUGGCAUAAAAACUUGGAAUAUGUCUGGCGUCAGAGUUGGGAUGCUGAUGAAACUACCGACAUUUUCGUGCAUAUGAUGCCAUUCUAUUCAUAUGAUAUUCCUCAUACUUGUGGACCGGAGCCUGCAAUUUGUUGUCAGUUUGAUUUUGCUCGUACACACCGCUUCUCUUAUGAACUCUGCCCGUGGGGACAACAUCCUGAAGAGACUAACCAGGAAAAUCUGCAGGAGAGGGCACUAAAACUAUUAGAUCAAUAUAGGAAGAAGUCAACCCUAUACAGGACUAAUACACUUCUUGUACCUCUCGGAGAUGAUUUCCGCUACGUCAGUGUUGAAGAAGCAGAGGCUCAGUUUCAAAAUUAUCAAAUGAUAUUUGACUAUAUCAACUCCACUCCCAGUUUAAAUGCGGAAGCGAAAUUUGGCACUUUGGAUGACUAUUUUCAGACCCUUCGAGAGGAGGCUGACAGAAUAAACUAUUCCCUUCAUGGAGAAAUUGGCUCCAGUCAGAUUGGCGGUUUCCCUUCUUUAUCAGGUGACUUCUUUACAUAUGCUGAUAGGCAGCAGGAUUAUUGGAGCGGUUAUUAUGUUUCAAGACCUUUCUUUAAAGCUGUUGACCGGGUACUAGAACAAACGCUUCGUGCUUCUGAAAUGUUAAUGGCAUUCUUACUUGGUCAUUGCCAGAGACCACAAUGUGAAAAGUUGCCGAUGAGGUAUGCUUAUAAGUUGACAGCUGCAAGAAGGAAUUUAGCUCUUUUUCAGCAUCAUGAUGGGGUGACGGGAACUGCUAAGGAUCAUGUUGUUCUCGAUUAUGGAACUCGGAUGCACACUUCUUUACAAGACCUGCAGAUUUUCAUGUCCAAAGCAAUUGAAGUUUUGCUCGGAAUUCGCCAAGAGAAGUCUGAUCUGACCCCUGCGCUGUUUGAUCCUGAACAAGUGAGAUCUAAAUAUGAUGCUCUGCCUGUGCGUAGAGUAAUCAGCACUCACAAAGGAACAGCACAGUCGGUUGUAUUCUUUAAUCCGCUCGAGCAAACACGAGAGGAGGUUGUGAUGGUAGUUGUUAAUAGAGCAGAUGUUACCGUUUUGGACUCAAAUUGGACUUGUGUUCAAAGCCAGGUUUCUCCUGAAUUGCAGCAUGAUGAAAGCAAGAUUUUUACAGGCAGGCAUCGCCUCCACUGGAAAGCUUCCGUUCCUGCGAUGGGUUUGCAGACAUAUUAUAUUGCUAACAGCUUUGUCGGAUGUGAAAAAGCUAAACCGGCAAAACUGAAGUUCUUUUCAAAAUUGAGUUCAAUUCAGUGCCCUGCACCAUAUGCUUGCUCAAAAGUUGAAGGGGAUACUGUUGAAAUCAUGAACCGGCGUCAAGUUCUCACCUUUGAUGUCAAGCAUGGUCUGUUGCAGAAAGUAACCCACAAAAAUGGUCCGCAAAAUGUUGUGGUUGAAGAGAUAGGCCUUUACUCAAGUUCAGGAGGUGCAUACCUUUUCUUACCGGACGGGGAUGCUCAGCCUAUAAUUCAGCCUGGCGGGCAUUUGGUUAUCUCUGAGGGACCAUUGAUGCAAGAGAUGUACUCUUAUCCUAAAACUUCAUGGGAGAAAACACCCGUUUCCCAUAGUACUCGCCUUUACAACAGAGGCACUACAGUACAGGAGUUUUUGAUAGAGAAGGAAUACCAUGUUGAGCUUCUUGGCAGGGAUUUUAAUGACAGAGAGUUAAUUGUUCGAUAUAAGACAGAUACCGACAAUAAAAGAAUUUUCUACUCUGACUUGAAUGGCUUUCAGAUGAGCCGGAGAGAAACAUAUGAUAAGAUUCCGUUGCAGGGAAACUACUACCCCAUGCCCUCUCUUGCUUUCAUGCAAGCGUCAAACGGCCAGAGGUUUUCGGUUCAUUCUCGACAGGCAGCUGGUGUGGCAAGCCUUCGAGAAGGGUGGCUAGAAAUUAUGCUGGACCGUCGUUUGGUGAGAGAUGAUGGACGUGGUCUUGGACAAGGAGUGAUGGACAACCGAGUCAUGAAUGUGGUUUUCCAUAUCCUGACGGAAUCCAACAUUUCUUCAAUUUCAAAUCCUGCCUCGAAUACUCCUCCACAGAGCCCGUCUUUUCUUUCUCAUCGUGUUAAUGCCCAAUUGAACUAUCCUUUACAUGCAUUCAUUGCCAAGAAACCACAAGAAAUUUCUGUGGCGACACACCCAAGAUCCUUUUCUCCUUUAGCUACUCCCUUACCAUGUGAUCUGCAUAUUGUGAGUUUCAAAGUCCCGCAACCAUCAAAAUAUUCUCAGCAGCAGCAGCGCGGAGAUCUUCGGUUUGUCUUAAUGUUGCAUAGGCGAAAGUGGGAUUCUUCUUUCUGCAAGAAGGCCCGUUCUGGAUGUACAACUGUGGCCAAUGAGCCUGUUAAUCUGUUCAACAUGUUCAAAGAUCUUGCAGUGUUGAAUGCGAAAGCAACAUCUUUAAAUCUUCUGCAUGACGACACAGAGAUGCUAGGGUACACUGAGCAAUUCGGUGACGAUGGACGUGUAAUCAUCCCUCCCAUGGAAAUACAAGCAUACAAGUUGGAAUUAAGGCCACGACAGUGAAUGCAGAGGGCCAAUUUAACAGCUACGUCCCUACUGAUGUGGAUUGAAUGGAGUUCGUGACAAAUGUAUCCCCACUGUCAACAUGAUCAUGGUUUACUCAUUAUUAACUCUGUGCUCUGCUACUUCAUGAAAUCUCAGACUGAUUCCAACCUCAAGACUAGAUGAAACUUUUCAGAGCUCGUUAUUUCUCGGGACAGUUGGGUUUCCUUCAUUGAGCUACAAUAUGAUGAUAGUUUUGUAAGACUGAGAAAUUCAUUUUUCUGGUUUCGUUGCAAUAUCAUAGGUUUUCUGAAUUUAAGAAUCAAGAAUGUGCCAGGAUUAGUUCAGUGAGUUCCAAAUAGAUAGAGUUGCAUAUUAUUGCU